ACAUUAAUAUUCAAAGAUGGAAAGCCAUUGAAUAUGAUUUUGGAUGAUGGUGGUGACUUGACGAAUUUGGUGCAUACGAAAUACCCGCAGUAUUUGGAAGGUAUUUACGGAUUGAGUGAGGAGACAACUACUGGUGUGCAUAAUCUGGCGAAGAUGGUGAAAGCGGGUACACUGAAGGUGCCGGCAAUAAACGUGAACGACAGUGUAACGAAGACGAAAUUCGAUAACCUUUACGGUAUCAGAGAGUCGUUGCCCGAUGGUAUUAAGCGUGCCACCGAUAUAAUGAUCGCUGGUAAAGUUUGUUUGGUGUGUGGUUUCGGAGAUGUCGGUAAGGGUGCGGCUGCUUCGUUGAAGUCUUUCGGUGCACGCGUCAUCGUCACCGAAAUCGACCCCAUCAACGCACUUCAAGCGGCGAUGGAAGGAUAUGAAGUGAAGACUUUCGAGGAGGUGGCACCUAUGAUACAGAUAGUAGUGACAACUACUGGAUGUAAGGAUGUGGUGCGCGGUGAGCAUUUGUUGGCGUUGCCGAAUGAUGCGAUCGUUUGUAACGUUGGUCAUUUCGAUGUGGAGAUCGAUGUGGCGUGGUUGAAUGCCAAUGCCAAGAAAGAGCAAGUCAAACCACAGGUUGACAGAUAUUUGCUGAAGAAUGGUCGUCAUAUAAUAUUGCUUGCUGAGGGUCGUUUGUGCAAUUUGGGUUGUGCGACUGGUCACCCGUCAUUUGUUAUGAGCAACUCAUUCACCAAUCAGGUACGUUUUGAUUUGUGA